GGGCUGUAGUCCCGGGUAGGCGGGCCAUGUGCGCGGGGCGCAGCUUCGCAGCCCGGCGUCGGCUGAGCAGAGCCCGAGCACCAACAGAAAUCUGCAUAAGAAAUCUCCGGAGGGGGAGGAAAGUCGGCAUUGCCUACGAACCCUCAGAGGGAAACGGGGCAGCAGAGACCCCUGAGCCCAAGAAGCAGAAAUGGGAACCAGUCAACUGGGAGCAGCAGCUGGCCAACAUCCGGGAGAUGCGGAGGGAGAGGAAUGCCCCAGUCGACCAGAUGGGAGCUGGGGCAUGCUUUGAUAUGGAGGCUACUCCGGAGGUGAAGCGCUACCAGAUUCUGCUGUCACUGAUGCUUUCCAGCCAAACAAAGGACCAGGUGACCUCCGCGGCCAUGAUGCGCCUGCGGGAGCACGGCCUGACAGUGGACCGGAUUCUGGAGACUGAUGAGGAGGUGCUGGGCCGGCUCAUUUACCCCGUCGGCUUUUGGAGGAACAAGGUGCGAUAUAUCCAGCAAACCACAGCAAUCCUGAAGCGGGACUAUGCUGGCGACAUCCCACAAACUGUUGCAGAAUUAGUGAAGUUGCCUGGGGUCGGUCCGAAGAUGGCCCACCUGGUGAUGGACAUUGCCUGGAAUAAUGUCUCGGGGAUCGGUGUGGACACGCACGUGCACCGGAUUUGCAACAGGUUAAAGUGGGCAAAAAAGCAAACAAAACUUCCAGAGGAAACGAGGCAAACCCUGGAAGAAUGGCUGCCCAGGACUCUCUGGAGUGAGUUAAACUGGCUCUUGGUUGGCUUUGGGCAACAGAUUUGCUUGCCUGUCCGUCCACGCUGCAGUGAGUGCCUCAAUAGGAACAUCUGUCCGGGAUCCACAAAGUGCUGAGGAACAGCCCACCCCCACUCCCAGCCUCUUUGUCUCAGGGCUUCCGUUGCUUGGGAGAAGUUGUUUUCCACUAGGCCGAAACUUGGAGCCCGUCCCAGGAACUGCAGUGCCUCCUUGGACAAGGAGGAGGUCUCCCUGUCCGCCAUCUCUGGGCACGGAAGUGCCAGGCUGGGAUUUCAUGCUGCCUCUUGAGCCUCCAUGAAAAGGCUGCUAUCUGGGAAGGAUGGACUUUACCCAGCAAGCACUUUUAAUAAAUAAAGUAUGUGGGAAGAGA